ACGAGUUCCUCGAGUUGAUUUUGUCCACUUCGUUAGAUGUUGUGUGUCCGCAAGCUUAACCCUCAAAGAGGAGAUACAGAAAAACCUACACUGUUGUACUUGAGGAUAAAAUACGGAACCUUAUGGCGGUAUGCUUCUAAAAUCUCAAUUUUUAUUGACAAAAGAAUUAGCACCGAAAAAAGUUCUUUUGCUUGAGAUAUCAGAAAUCAGUAUAAUUUAAAGAUCGUGCUGCCUAAAUGGUGCCACAUCGCUUUUCUUCCCGUGCUGUCUAAUAUCUUUUCGCUCGGACCUAAACUAAUUCGAUAUCUUAUGUUUGAGUAAGACGGACAAACGAGUGGAUCACAUAUUUGCUUGCGAGGCUUCGGUUCCGGCUUUACGCCGCUUCGGCUCCUUGGUCUCGGUUAUACGACCGAACCGCACCACACUGGCUUCGUUGUAUACACUUAUCCAAGUAACAGUGCCCAGCUACAAGAUGGUCAUGGAGCUACAAAAUCCAAAACCUAAUAAGGAGAAAAGAGAAACCAUCGAAUUUAUCAUCUUUCCUUCGUUAAAGGUAGAAAAAAUCGAAAUAAUGAUAUCAAAUGCCGUUAGCCAUCGAUGUGAGAUUUGUGAUAAAGAAUUCCCAUCUAACUCUAAGCUUGCCCAUCAUCAGUGGAAUCACCCUUAUAUAUGCGACUUGUGUGGAGGAGAAUAUCGUGAGCUCGCUCAUAUCAGAUAUCAUAUGCAAUUUCACAGGCAAAAAUCUUACAAAUGUGACGUAUGUGAGAUGCUUUUUGCCACAGAAUUACAGCUCAAUCGACAUAAGAAAACUCACGCUCGUAAACGACGCGGUAGCUGCACAGGUCCCUUCAUGUGUGAUUUGUGUGGAAGAAAAUAUCGUAAGCUCAAUCACAUAAGAACCCAUAUGAUAUUUCACAUGGAAAAAUCUCACAAAUGUGACGUGUGUGAGAAAAGAUUCGCCAUAGUCGACCAUCUCAACGAACAUAAGAAAUCCCAUUUGAACGAUAAACCUCACAUAUGUAAAUUGUGUGGGAAGGCAUUUCAUAUGAGCCAUCUGCUAAAAAGGCACACAUAUGUUCACUCGAGUGAGAAACAAUUCAAUUGUAAUGUGUGUGGAAAAGUAUUCGCUAUGUCCUGGAGUUUUGCGAUCCACAGUGGAAUAGACAUGAACACGAACGAACUUUCUUCGUGUAGCAAACAUGAAUCCCUUCGUCUAAUUAGUACAGUCUGUGAUAUAUGCGGAAAAGAAUAUCGUACACUUGAAGAGCUAAAAAGGCACAAGAAAGCUCACAAUGUGAAAUCUCACAAAUGUGACGUGUGUGACAAAGCUUUUGGUAGCAUUGGCCGACUCAAUGAACAUAAGAAAACUCACUCGAAUGAAAGAUCAUAUGUGUGUGAGUCAUGUGGAAAGGGAUUUCGCACGCGGAGCCAGCUUAAUGCUCACACGCUUACACACUCCAAAGAGAAACCUUUCAAGUGUGAAGUAUGUGAUAAAAGUUAUCAUCAGCUCUCUCAACUGAACUCACAUGCAGUUGUGCACACGGAUCAUGUAAAGUACAAAUGCGAAAUAUGUGGUAAAGGAUUUGAAUUCUUGCAUGCCUUAGAACCCCACUGGACUCUUCAUACCAACGAAAAACUACAUACGUGUGAAGUGUGUGGAAAGGCGUUUCGUCUCAAAAAUGGUCUGAGCAAACACAUGCUUAUUCACACAAAUAAGAAUCAGCACAAAUGUGAAGUGUGUGGUAAAGGAUUUUGCGUAAAAUAUGCUCUGAAAAUACAUAUGAAGGUUCACGCAAAUGAAAAACCGCACAAAUGUAAAAUGUGCGGAAAAGCAUUUGGUCAUCCCUUUUCCCUCGCCCGUCAUAAAUUAGUUCACUCUUGGUAAAAAAUGAACAAAUGUGACAUGUGUUAAUCUAUUUACGCCGAAAUGACAUUGUUAAGUAGCAGGUGUAUCGAC